GUCUGUGAGGACGGCUCGCUUUGGACUUGGGGGUGGGGCGGCGGCUUCUUCCACGGAGCCGGAGCUCUUGGACUUGGCCACCGGGACUCGGCUUCCACUCCGCAGAAAGUGGAGCAGUUCGCACAGCAUGGCCAAAAGAUUAGCUCGGUGGCCUGUGGGGCGCAACAUACGCUUGUGCUCACCACGGACGGCCACCUCUACGCCACUGGCAAAGGUGACUUCGGCCGCCUCGGCCGUGGGGACACCUCCGAUGAAAUCGACUUCCAUGAGAUAGAUUACUUUGAGCACACAAACGACUCCAUCCUUUCACCCGGGGAGGAAGCGAAGAUCGUCAAGAUAGGUGCUGGUGAGAAUUUCUCGGCCGCCAUGUCCCAGCAGGGUGAGCUCUGGGUGUGGGGCCGAAACGACUACGGACAGCUGGGCCUCGGUGAGGAGGCUAUGGGCGAUAUGUACUCUGCAGAGCGCUUUCCGAGACUCGUGCGCAGCCUUCCCAGCGACGGGCACCGCAUCGUGGACUUUGCCUGCGGCGAGCACCAUGUUGUGGUCCUUACCGCCGAGGGAGUCCUCUUCGAGUGGGGUGACCGCACCUGGCUCGAGCCGCACAGAGUCUCGCCACCGCAGGUGGACGACGAGGAUUUCCGGGACAUUGUCAAGGUUGCCGCCGGGGACAA